AUGUUUUUAGAAUCACAACAGAACUUUUGGGAACCUCCUACAGUCAACACAAUAAAGAUUAACUUUGAUGGAGCUGCUGGAGUUAAAGGAUAUGCUUGCAGUGCUGUUGCGGGAGACAACAAGGCUAAAUUUCAAGGGUAUCAAAGUCGUGAUCUCAACUUUACUACUGCAGUAGAGGCAGAGGCAUUUGGAGCUCUGUUGGGCAUAGAGCUAGAUAUUAGGCAUGGCUGGAGGAAUGUGGUGCUAGAAGGAGAUGCUCUAAAUAUAAUCAACACGCUAAAGUACAAACACCUCCCCUUCCCAUGGCGCAUCCAGUAUAUUAUCAGCAGAAUCAGAGAUAGUGUGCAUAAUUUCAACUCCAUUGAAUUCAGAUUUAUCAAAAAGGAGGCCAACAAUGUGGCUCACUCCUUAGCAGCUCAUGAUGUAUCCACCCACGCGUCAGAUGUGUGGUUAUCUACGCCUCCUUCUUGUACUGCUCCUCUCAUUGAGAGUGAAGCUUCUUCUGUUCUGUAG